AUGGAAGUGAGCCUUUAAGUGAAAAAAAGAUUUUUUUCACGUCUUUUGUACGAUUUUUCGAAAAAAAGUGCGUUGAAUGACGUCAUUUUGAAUUAUUUCUACAUUUGAAAUUUGUAUUCAUUUUCGUUAUUUUUUUGAUAUUAAUUUACAAAAAUAAAAUUUAUGGAAAAAUUGAAACUUAAAGUGAGCCCUGAAGUGACAAAGAUAAUAAACAAAUGUUUUUCAAAAAGUAUGUUGAAUGACGUCAUUUUGUCUUUUUAAUUCAAAUUUAAAAAUCAUAAAACUCAAAAAAAAUACAGGAAAAAGCUCAAAACGCUCCAAAAAAACCUUAAAUUUCAUAAUAUAUAAACUUUUUUUGCGUUUUCUAUAGCAUAAUCAACGUUGAAAAAAAUCCACCUACUUUUUUUAACGAAACAAGUUUUUCAAAAAAAUAAAAUUAUUAAUUGCCAAAAUAGAAUCUAAAAAAAUGUUCAGAAGCUUGAAGAACCCUAAAUUCCAGAAAGUCAAUUUUUUUUUCUCUGUAGAAAAAAUAUUAAUAUAUUUAAUCAUCACCCCAUUUUUUUAGAAAAACUCACUUUUCAAGUCCAUAAAAUGAAGAUUUCAAGCUUUAAAAAAUUAGCAAAAAAAGUACAAAAAUACUCCAAUGAAGAUCAAAGUUUCUCAUUUAUUUUUAAAUCUAAAAUAAUCAAUUUCAAAAACAUUUUUUUCAAGAAUCAAAAAUCGACCGAUUGUCUCGAGCAAGUAUGUCAGAAUGGCGGAACCUGCAUCGUUUCCAGCGGUAAUUUUUUGAAAUUUUAAAAAUUUGAAAAAAAAAAUGAAUUUUCAGUUCUUCCCGCGGUUACAAAUUGCAAACCGGGCGAAAUAUUCCACAUGGGUUACUGUUAUUCUUACGAUUUAACGCCCAGAAGUUGGCUUGAAGUAAUUUUCAAAUCAAAAAAAGAAAAUAAAACGUACAAUUAUCCAGGCGGCCGACUUCUGCUCCAAAAAGGGCUCAACUUUGGCUUCGAUCGAAAAUCCCGAUGACCAGACGUUUUACGCGGGAUAUGUUCAAGGCGCCCUGGCUGGAGGUACUGUAGACUACUGUAAAUUACCGUAUACUCAGUUCAGUACAACAAACGAACGAGAUAAAUGGGAUUUGGACAUCGAUUCGCGCCGUGAUGAAUGGAACGCGGCCUGUUUGGGUGUCGUUUCCUGGCUCCUACCGCGUCGACAACACCUUUUGGGCUCAGUUUGAGCCGAAUAUUUAUCUGAAUUAUAAUGGUUAGUAGUUUUAUCAAUCUUAUCAUGAAAAUAGUCACAAGAAAAGAUAAAGAAAAGCGGGUGACAAAUGAAAAAAAAAUUGAACCUACUGCACUAAACUCGCUCCACGGUCAAUUCGAUACUCGAAUUUUUUUUCUUUUUUUUUUCACUUUUUUUCAUUUUUUUUUAGCAUUCUUCUUUAUCAUUUUUUGUUUCAAAUGACUUCCAUUGAAAUGAAAUAUAUCCGAAUAUAAGUUAAUUUUUUUGAGAAAGUUGCUCCAAACCCCAAUGAAAUAAACAUGAAAAAAAUGUUAUCAUAUCUUUUUUAUCGUUACAUAAAUUCUUUUUCAUUAUUUCAAACAUUCUUUACAAUAAAUUUUAAUUGAAUGGUUGGGGUGAAAAAGGUUAAGCUUCGCAACUCUUAAAUUGAAAGUUGAAUUCGCCUUUUUAAAAAAAUGAUUUUUUUAAUUGAUUUUUUUCCUUUUCUUUUCUUUCUUCUUUUUUUCAAAUUUGAUUCUAAAUUAAAUGCUGCCAAAAAGACAUUUAAAAUCAAGAGAAUUCAUUAAACAUCCUAGUUUUGAAAUUCUUAGGUUUGAAAAAUAAAUUUUUUUGGGACUUUAUUUUUCAUGGCAGUUUUUGAACUACAUUUUUGCAAAAUCCCUCAAAUUUGAGGGUUUGUGCCUAUCCUACUGUUUUUUUCUGUUUUUUUUUUUCACUGAAUUGUCUCUUUUUUAACAACGAAAGUCUUUUUCUUAUCAAUUUUCAAAAAACCCUUCACAAAAUCUUCAAUUUUCCAGAAAUCUGCGUGAAUUUGGAGGCGGAGACCAACUACCGUCAAUGGCGUACCGAUCUCUGUACCCAUCAAAAAUAUGUAGUUUGCAAAAAGGAGGUUAAGAAAGAAGGUAUCUGCGAAAAAUCAAAAAAUUGAAAAAAAAAAUAACGUUUUUAGAUCCCCAAUACGUUGGCCAAUGCCUUUGUCCGACUAGUUUUAACGGGGUUUAUUGUGAACUUCCAAAUGGUGAGUCUUAAAAAACGCCAAAGUGGUCCCUAUAGGGGUUAGGGGAAUAAUCAGCCUCUAUAGAGGUGAAAUUCAGGUGGUCCCUAUAGGGGUUUAAAGUCUGGCCCCUAAGGUUGCCCCUCUUAGAACCGAAUUAUCUUCCCCUACAGGGUAUUUUUAAGUUUUAGUGGCCCCUAUAGGGGACUCGAACAAGGGUCUGACCCUUCAGUCCCUAAAGCUCUAGUGGCCCCUAUAGUGGUCUUUAAUUUCAAUAAUCGAAUAACAUGUCCCUAUAGGGGCCAUUUUUUCAAACUUCAGUGGUCCCUAUAGGGGCGGUCAAGUGGAGAACUUUCAAGGACCUCCAAGGUUGCUCCUAUAGGGACCACUCUAAAGUUGUUAGGGCUGGAAAUAGUUCAAGAAGUACUGGGAAAAUUUUUAGUAGCCACUAUAGUAGUCAAAUUAGUGGCCACUUAAGGGGUUAAAAAUUAGUGGCCACUAUAGAAGUCUAAGUGCUACUACUAGACCACUAAAAGUUUCAGUAGCCGCUUUAGGGGUCAAUGGAUCAACAUAACUGGUCCAAUCUGUUUGUUUUAAAAUUAUCAGAGUUACUGGAAGGAAUACUGGAUAAAAAACUACUGAAGUGGCCACUAAAACGGAAAAUAGCGGCCACUGAAGAGGUGGGUUUAGUGGCCACUUUAGUGUCCUCUCCAAGUAGUCCUUGAUGAGCCUUUAUAAUGGCCGCUAAAAAUUUUCCCAGUUAGGCGCAGACUUGUUCUGCGCCAUUUGGGUUAUACUUUGAAAGUAGGAAGAGAAAAAUCUAUUAAAAUAUUUUUUCAGACAAUGAAAAAUCAAGAAGUGAAAAUACCUGCGCCGGUGUCGAUUUCCAAUACGCCUGUUCCAAUGGCCAAACGAUUAUUGUAGAUUUUGCCUCUUUUGGCGCCAUCGUAAGCAUUUUUGAACGCGUCGCGGUCGCGUAACGUGUUGGGAUUUCAGGAGGGCUACACGUGUCAACAGCAGGUUUCCGGCCAGCAAACGUGCUCCAAUGCGAAUUCGCUUCAAACUGUGACUAAUGCGUUGGUUUUUGGAUUUUUUAGAAGGAUUUUCAAAAAUCGUUGUGGUUUUACAUAGCGUGAAGGCUGAAUAAAAGCCUAUAAAUUGUUUAAAAAUUUAAAUUCCAUAUUUUCGCGCCCCUUUUCUUGCCACACGUUUUUUUAUAGGUCAGUUUGCGAAAGUCGGAUUAGCCGUCAGAGAGUGAGAAAGAUAACUAAAUCUUGGAGAGUCAGAGAUAGAUUUGAAUUUUGCGUGAAAAUUUAGAAGCAACUUUGCUUAGGAACUCCAGAGUGGACACUAUAGUGGCUAGCUUAGGAGCCCAUGAAGGGACCACUUCAGCUUCCCUUUAGGGACCACUAAAGCUUGCAAAAGUGGUACCUUUAGGGGACAUGCUUGUCGAUUACUGUUUUCAUGUCAAAAGCUUGUAGGGGGGAAUUUUUUUGUUCCUGAUUCCUCUAGGGACCACUCUGACGUUCCUAAGUUUAGGCGCCUUUUUUUGAAGUCCAAAUUUUACUUUUUCGCUGAAUUUCUCAGUGCAGUUCAAGCUUCUAGGCUAUUCAGUUUCUAGAAAAUAACGAUUUCUUUGUCGAAAUUUUUUUAAGUUUUUCUCUUAAGAGAGACCUUAGAAAUUAACAAUAAGAAUUUUUUUGAAGUAGGUUUUACAAAAUUCAAGUUUCAAGCCCAUUCCUUCCAGUUGCCAAGGCCUGACCUACUGCCAAAUUCGAGAUCUGAAGAAAAACCUUUGCCGAUACCCCGUGUCCGGUCCCCCAGGAGCUUUUCCUUCAAACCAGGUUUCGGUGUACCUCAGGUAAUUUAUAAAAAUAAAAAAAAAAUAAAUUUUUCGAAUUUAGAAAGCCAAGUAACCUGCGACAACGGCGCCUUUUACUACAGCGGCCGGUGUUAUUCGCCGAAUUUCGACAAAAAGAAACGAAAAAAUUAUCAGGAGGCUGUAGCUGAAUGUCGUGCCAAGGUUAGUUUUAUAUACAAAUAAAAAAUCGAAAAUCAUUAUCUCGAAGGAUUUUAUGGUUUUAAUGAAACGUAUUUUAAUCGGGAGUUAUUUCAUUUUCAAAAAUGGCAUUUUUGUCGAUUUUUAGUCAUCAAAGCUCAUUUGUUAAGCUGAAGGGCCUCUUAAGGGGUGAGAGAAAAACAAAAAAUGGUAGGUUUGUACCCUUAAAAGACUACUUUCAAACUCACUAGUAGUACCACAUUUUAUCAUUUUUGUCAAUUUUUAGUUUCAUAAUCAAAAAAAAAGAAAAAAACCAGGUAUGGGCCCUUAAGUGACCACUUUCUUUCUCACUCUUGGUUACAAAUUUUAUUUCCUUCUACUGUCAAUUUUUAGUCGCUAGAGCCCAUUCCUAGAGCUAAGUGUUCUCUUUAGGGAUGUGAAAAAAAUCCGGUAUGAGCCCUUAAGUGACCACUUCCUAACUCACUAACGUUUCCUUCUACUGUCACUUUUCACUUACUGAGAUCAAUUUUUAAAUUCAAGUAACCCCUUAAGCAAUUUGAGAAAAACCAGGAAAGCUAGGUAUGGGCCCUUAAGUGACCACUUUCUUACUCACUCUUAGUUACAAAUUUUUUCUUCUCCUUUCGUCAAUUUUAAGCCGUUGAAGUCUGCUUCUGGAGCUAAGUAGCCUCUUGAGGGGUGUGAGAUUAAAAAAAAAUCCGGUAUGAGCCCUUAAGUGACCACUUCCUAACUCACUAACGUUUCCUUCUACUGUCACUUUUCACUUACUGAGAUCAAUUUUUAAAUUCAAGUAACCCCUUAAGCAAUUUGAGAAAAAUAGGAAAGCUAGGUAUGAGCCCUAAAGGGACCACUUUCUUACUCAUUUUUAAUAACGCAUUUUUUUCAUUCCUCGUCAAAUUUUAGUUUUUUAACAAUUCGUUAAAUUUUCAAAACGAAGAUAGGCUCGAAACCGUUUCUAGAGUCAAGUGGUCCCUUUAGGGAUGUGGAAAAAACAGGGAAAAAUCAUUGUGGGCCCUUAAGUGACUACUUUCGAACUCACUAGUAGUACCAAGAUACAUGAUUUUAGUAAAAUCAAUUUUUUUAUUUGUAUAAUCCAACAAACUUUCAAAACGAAGACAGUUCAGCUGAUGUCUAUUCUUGGAGCCAAGUGGUAACUUUAGGGAUGCCAGGAAAAAAUUAGCACAAAGCUAGAUUUGAGCUCUUAAGUGACUACUUUUGAACUCGCUAGUAGUUCCAAAUUUUAUCAUUUAUGUCAAUUUUUAGUUGCUGAAGUCCAUUUUCGAAGCAAAGUGAUCACUUUAGGGGUGUGAUAAAAACAGGAAAAAGCUAGGUAAGACCCCUUAAGGAACUACUCUUGUAUUUCGUAUCACUAAAUUUUCGAUUUUUUUUUCUUAAGAUCCUGAGAAGCUCGGCCCUUUUUCUGAUGAACUUUGAGUAUUUAAAUAAUUUUAAAUGUGAAUGUCCUUUUUUUAAAUUAAUUUUUGAGAGCGUAGUCUGGAAAAAUUUAUGUCGUUCGGUCUGUUUUGACAAGGAAAAGUUUUUUUUUUCAAGCAGGAAUUAAUGAGCCUCGAAGAAUAUUCAACAGAAGAAAUAAUCAAAAAACAGUUGAAUGAAAGAAAAAAAUCCCAAAAUAAUCAAAGAAAAUUCAAGAUUUUUUCCAGGGCAGCACACUGAUAACUGGAAUCGAUAAUCAGUUGUUCGAUCAGCUGGCGAUCCAACUGAAGAGUAGGACCAAGGAAAGUGCGCUCUAUUGGAUAGGCCUCAAUUUGGAUGGUCCCGGGCCGGUUUGGACCGAUGGGUCUUCGCCUAGUUAUUUGUGAGUUUCGAAAUUGGAAAAUCGAAAAGGGUUUUCAUGAUUUUUGUUGUUUUUCUGAAAUUUUCAGACUUGAUAUCAUAGCCUUUCGAUAAAAAGAAGUUUUAGGCUAAUAUAAUUCCGUAUUACUCUUUCCCAAUCUCACUGUAAUCACAUAAUUUCAUCCUCUUAAUGUUACAUGAAUAAUUUCAACAUUCGCUCCUUCAAAUUUAGGUAAAAUGGUUCUUAGAGGGACCACUUUGUAGCUCCCUAGUUCCUUUCGAAACCUUCGAAAAACCGACUUUUUGCCGUCUUUUUAGGACACAAAUGACCCCUUUCUCUAGUGUUUGCUCGCCUUUUAAAGCCCUUUCACCUCCGGUUUCCUUUCCGCAGUUUAAAAACGUCCGCGUUUUUUUUUGUUGACCGGUUGUUUGGAUUGUCUAGAGGCUAUGGAAGCUUACUUAACUGAAAAAAACAAACUUCUGAAAAGUUUAUGAACAGAACUUGGUUUUUCAAGCUUUACUUUGAAUUUUUGAUUAAAACUCGAUAAAUUUCUUAAAAAUGUUCCAUGAAAGGUUUUUCAAUGGUUCAGCUUCUCUCUAUCUUCUUAGGGACUCUGGAGUGGUCCCUUAAGGGGGAAACAGUCCCUUUUUGAAACUUUUUCUUGGAUUUAGCCCUAGAGUGACCACUUCUGCAAGAGUGGGGCAUGAAGGGGUUCUAUUGGGGUAAAAUGAUUAUUGAGUUGUUCUCAUGGAAAUGCUUAAAGUAACCCCCUAGUGACCACUUCUGCAAGUUUCAGGCUCCCUCUAUCUGGUUAGUUAAAGUGGUCACUUGAGGGGAAUCUUCGAGAGCCUCUAAGAUUGCCCCUAUAGGGACCACUCUGGAGAUCCUUUUUAGUAGACUUUCUCGAAUGAAGCUUCCACAGGCCUUUCAUUCAAUAGGAGAAUCACUAUCUACUCAAAAAUUGAGAAUUAUAACUUUUCCAGACCACCGGACAACAAUUUGCGGCAGAGCGCAACUGACUGCGCUGUUUUGGCCGUCGCCGAUAACCGACUCAUCUACGACCAACAGCCAUGUUCGGCCCAAGCGAACGUCCUCUGCCAGGCGGUCCCGAGCUCCCGAAGCACUCCCGAGCGCCAGUCCCAACCCGCUCCCCCCACACCGCCGCCGCCGACGAGGAUCAUCUUUGAGGGAACCAUGAGGUGACUAGUGAUUUUCUAUGGUUUUUGGUUCUGAAUCAUCAUUUAAAGAUGUAUAGGUUGUGUAGGAAUGAGAAAUAAUGAGCUAACAUGAGCAAUACACAUUUUAUUCUGGUUUUUUUUUUAGAACUCAGAAGUUUUCGCAGUCCAUAUAGAGCCAUAGACAGCCUCAGGUCGAUCCAGAACCUUGAAUCACCAUUUCGAUACAACUGAGAAAUAUUGAGCUAACAUGAGCAAUACAUAUUUUUCUCAUUAGUAUUUUUUUCAAGGUAUAGACCUUUUUUAGAGUCUUACAGAGUUCUGAAUGACCAUUUUUUUAAGGUGUCUAGAUUGUGUAAGAGUGAAAAAAAUAAAGAGCUAACAUGAGCAAUAUCUGGUAUUUUUGGUGCGAAAUGGUCUAGGCCUUUUUUUCGAAAAAAAAAAUGUAAAAAUGAAAUUUUUUUGAAUUGAACUAGAGCUAUUAUCUUGGUUCAAGAAGAAAUCAGAGUUUUUUGAAGAAUAUGAAAUUUAACUACAUGUUGAGGAAUUCUUUAGUUUCUCUCGGCUUGAAAUCAGCUAUAAUAGGCUAUCCUGAGCAAUAAUAAAUAAUUUCAUCAGUAUUUUUUUUCCACCCCUCAAACCCUCAGAAAAUUGGCUUAAAAGCCGAAAACCCAAUAAAAAGUGAGUCAUCCCCCCGCCGAAUGCCGAACGCUCGCAAUUUGGAUCGGACCCCAGUAGGAAGGAGAAAACCGGUCCUCCCCGGCCCCGCCCACUUUCUCUGUCUUCUCCGAUCCUCUGAUCUCUCGCCAAACGCUUUCGUCAUCGGGUUUCGUCGCCCGUUUUGCAAUAAUCCAGUAGAUCCAAACCUUUUUUCAUCGAUUUUAUAGGUCUUUCUGUGGUUUUUCAUUGAUUCACCUGAAAAUAAGCUUUUUUUUGGAGUUUUGAAGCCUAAAAGAUGAAAAAAGCAAGCUUUUACUCAAUCUGAAAAAUCAGAAAAGCAAAUAAAAGCGAUUAUUUAUCGAUUCCAUCAAAUUUGGUCCGCAAAAAACUGGACAAUUCGCCGAAUUUGGCGACUUUGAACUGGUUUCCUUGUUGUUUUUUGAUUACGACUUGGGUUUUUCGGGUCAUUUUUGUUGAUUCGAGUCGGUUUUGACCAUAUUUUUCUGCAAUAGGCUGUCAAAAAUCUCACGGGAAAAAAAUUUGAUUUUUUUUCGUGUUGAAAUUCUAUGAGAAAAUUUUGAAAAUUCUCGAAUUUCGUCCUUUUUUGUUAUUUUUUUUUUCUGGUUGUUUUUGUUUUGCAGUCUUUUUUCUGUCAUUUUUCCAAUUUCAGGCCAAAAAACCCAAUGAAAUGCCCGUUUUUCGCCCAUUUUUGAGCGUCAUUUGUGUGUACAGUUUGCUGAUUUUUGAUCCCGUCAAUGGGACGAGCGAGUAAGGAUUUUUGGAAACUUUAAAAUUGAGAAUAGAUCUUCAGGCUUAUUAAAAUAUUGACGGAAAAUAAGUUUUUCAAACUUGAAGGCUUCAUAUCGAUACUAUGUCGAUGCUUGUGGGGGAGACUCUUGAGCUUCUACUCUUUUAAAUCGAUAAGAGAUCUUUAGGCUUAUCAAAUUGUUGAUGAUCCCCAAAUUUUUGAAAUUUGAAGGCUUCAUGUUGAUAAUAUGUCGAUGCUUUUUAGGGGGACUUUUGAGCUUCUACUCUUUUAAAACGAUAAAAAGAUCUUUAGGCUUAUAAAAAUAUAUAAUAGACUUUUGAGCUUCUUUUUCCAAUUUUACAUUUUUUUUUUUUCGAUUCAAAUCAUCAGAGCUACUUUUUUUAUCGAUCCGUUUGCUUUCCUUUUUCCAAAAUCAAACAUCUGAGGGACAAAAAAAACCGAAGAAGUUGAGGGAAAGUCAAUAGAAAUGUAUUGGAAGGUCAAACAGAACGGUGAGAGAAUUGGACGGCAAUAUUUUUCUUGAAGAGAGAUGUCUGAGAUUUUUGUGGUUUUGAAAAAUGAGUUUGAGAAAAAAGAAUAGAAUUUUAGAUUCAAACUUUAUAAAAUUUGAAAAAUGAUUGAAAAAAUGAAAAUCUGAGUGUUGUAAUGGAAAGCCACGCCCUUCUGUUGAGAAAGUGCGCUAAAAAUUUUCGAAAAUUUUAAAAUAGGAAUUUGGUCACAUUUGGAAUGGCUGUGAGGCAGUUGCUUAAGAGUGCGCCGGACCAAAACGACUUGCGCUUUAAGGCAUCGGAAAGAGUUGAAGCAAGCUCCCAACAAGAGAGGGAUUUUCCUUUUUGCGGUUCAGAAUUUUUUUUAAAUCGGUCAGAAUGCUCAUUGAUAGACCAAAUGAAGAUUCUGAAAGUGUCAACCUGUAGAAAUUCCUAGUUUUCUAGAAAUAAAGGCUCAAAAAUUUCCAAAAUAGCCUUAUUCAUCUGGAUUUUGAUGACUUUCUUUGACUUUAAGAGGUCUUUUUCAAAAACUAGGAAGUUGGGCAGGUUGGGACUUUCAGGAUACUUAUAUGGUAGAUCAAGGAGUGUUAUAGCCAAUUUUUCAAGGGAUUCCCAACUCCGAAGUAAAAUAGCCUUUCUAGUAGGAAGGAAUCUUCAGGCGUUAGAGCCAUUCCAAGUGCGUCCAAAAAGUCAAGGAUGAAUGGAAUCACUGAAAUUUAGUUCAAUAAUGACAAAUAUUUCUCAUUUUUAGCCCAAAUGUCCCAUCAUCACUCCUGGAGAAGCGGAGAUACUGCAAAAAGGAGAAAUAUCAAGGAAUCGAGUACCCGAAAACCAGGGCUUGUCAGCAAACCGAGUUGCCCUGUCCCUUCCCGGAAGCCGUUGUUGGUGGGAUAAUAAUAAGCAUCAUUUCAAGAAUCUGAAUUUCAAGGCACCGUCUACCGGUACUGUAACUGUCAAACGGGGAAGUGGGAUUUGCCGAAUACGACAAAUUGUACCCAUAAAUGGGUCGGCGAGAUCAAAGAUUCGGUGGCACGUGGCGACGCGGCUGAAUCUAUCAGCACUAUGAUGAGCCGCCAGUUGAGGUUUGGUUGAGUAGGAAAAAAUAGCCGCGAAAAAAAGGCUUCAGGAUGCUCUAACAGGAUAGAAAAUGAGCUUGACGGGGCAAAAAAAAUAGCCGCGUGAAAUGAGCCAAAUAAGAAGUUCUCGAGAGCUUAGCUAAAAAAAACAGCUCAAGAAUCUCCUUAAGUGCCCACUUUUCUAGUUUCUCCUGCUUCUCUCUUAAAAAUUAGCAACAGAGCGCAAAUACUGAAAAAUUUUCCAAAAAAUAAUUUUUUCGAAGAAGUUAGCAUUAGAGCGCAUUAUCCCCAGCGAUUUCUUCAAUUUUUAUUUUAAUAUCUGUUCCAAUAAAUUUCUGAGCUUCAGGGACACGAUUGCCCGACAAUUAUUCGGCGGCGAUAUUACCGGCUCCGUCCAAAUCAGUUCCGAUGUCUUGAACUUGGCUCGGAGCCAGUUUGAAGUCCUUGAUGAUCGGAAUAAUCGGCAGACGAGGGCUACUAACUUUACCCAGGUAAAACUGCGGGAGUAGGCUUUUUUGUAGCUCAAAGGGCGCCAGGUCUGUAAAGAGAACACCGGCGCGCGCAAGUAGUUUUUCGUCGGGCGCACUGGAAAAAUGAAUUUCUCAAUUGGUAUUGGCUGGCUUGAGAAAAUGCGCUUUCUGCUGAUUGGACAACAUUUUUCGUGUCAAGACCUUCCUCCGAUGCUUAAGAACGCCAGAGUGGCCCCUAUAGGGGCAAGAUUAGGACCUUUAAGGUUCCCCUCUAGAGGCCCCUUCACCUUCCCCUACAGGGUCCAUUCAAGCUUGUACAAAUCGCCACUAGUAGGGCAAUUUUAGAGGUCAGACCUCAAACCCCUAUAGGGAUUACUUGAAUUAUACUCCUUUAGGUGCUGUCAGAACCUUUUCUCCGAUUAAAAACGCCAGAGUGACCCUCAUAGGGGCAAGCUUAGGGACCUUUGAAGGUUCCCCUCUAGAGGCCCCUUCACCUUCCCCUACAGGGUCCACUCAUGCUUGUAGAAAUCGCCACUAGUAGGGCAAUUUUAGAGGUCAGACCUCAAACCCCUAUAGGGAUUACUUGAAUUAUACUCCUUUAGGUGCUGUCAGAACCUUUUCUCCGAUUAAAAACGCCAGAGUGACCCUCAUAGGGGCAAGCUUAGGGACCUUUGAAGGUUCCCCUCUAGGGACCACUCAAACUUUCCCUACAAAGUCCACUCAUGCUUGUAGAAAUCGCCACUAGUAGGGCAAUUUUUAGAGGUCAGACCUCAAACCCCUAUAGGGAUUACUUGAAUUAUACUCCUUUAGGUGCUGUCAGAACCUUUUCUCCGAUUAAAAAAACGCCACAGUGACCCCUCAUAGGGGCAAGCUUAGGGACCUUUGAAGGUUCCCCUCUAGGGACCACUCAAACUUUCCCUACAAAGUCCACUCAUGCUUGUAGAAAUCGCCACUAGUAGGGCAAUUUUAGAGGUCAGACCUCAAACCCCUAUAGGGAUUACUUGAAUUAUACUCCUUUAGGUGCUGUCAGAACCUUUUUCUCCGAUUAAAAAAACGCCAGAGUGACCCUCAUAGGGGCAAGCUUAGGGACCUUUGAAGGUUCCCCUCUAGGGACCACUCAAACUUUCCCUACAAAGUCCACUCAUGCUUGUAGAAAUCGCCACUAGUAGGGCAAUUUUAGAGGUCAGACCUCAAACCCCUAUAGGGAUUACUUGAAUUAUACUCCUUUAGGUGCUGUCAGAACCUUUUCUCCGAUUAAAAACGCCACAGUGACCCUCAUAGGGGCAAGCUUAGGGACCUUUGAAGGUUCCCCUCUAGGGACCACUCAAACUUUCCCUACAAAGUCCACUCAUGCUUGUAGAAAUCGCCACUAGUAGGGCAAUUUUAGAGGUCAGACCUCAAACCCCUAUAGGGAUUACUUGAAUUAUACUCCUUUAGGUGCUGUCAGAACCUUUUCUCCGAUUAAAAACGCCAGAGUGACCCUCAUAGGGGCAAGCUUAGGGACCUUUGAAGGUUCCCCUCUAGGGACCACUCAAACUUUCCCUACAAAGUCCACUCAUGCUUGUAGAAAUCGCCACUAGUAGGGCAAUCUUACAGGUCAGACCUCAAACCCCUAUAGGGAUUACUUCAAUUAUACCCCUGUAGAUGCUGUCAGAACCUUUUCUUUACGCUAGAGGGGUCCCUAUAAAAACCCUAAGGGUAAAUUGAAGGCACCCCUCUAGGGACCACUUCACCUUCCCCUACAGGACGCAUUGAAUUUCGUAAAAAUCGCCACUAGAGGGGCAAACUAAGGAAUUAGACCCUAAACCCCUAGAGUGACCUGAAAGAGCAUUUUUCAUCUACUAUAGGGCCUACUUGCCUCCCUAACCCCGAUAGAGGUCACUCCAGCGUUUCCAACAAUCUCAAGCCAGGCUAUAACCACAACGCUUUGAGCCAUACAAGUCGAAGAAAAAGAAAGGAAUUCAGUCCCUGGGCUCAUCUGGAGAUCAACUACUAUCGUCCAAGGCGGCGUCGGUUUGGAAACAACUCGACGCCGAUAAACGCGUCGGUCACGCUUCCACGUUGAUGAGCGUCUUGGAGCAGUCGACUCUGCUCCUAGCCGAUUAUAUGCUCGAGCGACAGGCUCAGUAUCAGUAUGAUCAUUGGGGUAGGUUCGAUGGACAUUCACAGCUGGAAAAUACGGAAAAUGCGCUCCAAGGAUAAUUUUUCUGAAAACCUUGCGUGAAAGCCUAGCAUUAGAAGAGCUCUAAUUUUUAAACUUCACAACUGAAAUUUCACUUAGGAACGCCAGAGUGGUCCCUAUAGGGGGCUAGGAGAAAAACUAAGCUGACGAAAAAGUGCUCCCUUUAGGGGUAAACUUUAGGUGGUCCCCUUAGGGUUAAGGUUUCUAGCCAAGUCGCCUAACAUGUCUUCUAUAAGGUCUGCGUUUUCAAGGUUUAGUGGCCUCUCUUAGGGGAGGUGAAGUGAUCCCUAGAGGGGAAUUUUCAGCCUAAAAGGUCCCUCUAGGGGUAAACGUUUAGGCGGUCCCCAUAGGGUUAAGGUUUUUAGCCAAGUCGCCUAACAUGUCUUCUAUAAGGUCUGCGUUUUCAAGCUUUAGUGGCCCCUUAAAGGUAAAGUAGUCCCCAGAGGGGGAUUUUCACCCUAAGUGGUCCCUAUAGGGGUCAAUUUUAGGUGAUCCCCUUAGGGUUAAGUUUUCUAGCCGAAUCGCCGAACAGGUCCCUAUAGGGUCUGCGUUUUCAAGCUUUAGUGGCCCCUUGAAGGUAAAGUGGUCCCCAGAGGAGAAUUUUCACCCUAAGUUGUCCCUCUAGGGGUAAACGUUUAGGCGGUCCCCAUAGGGUUAAGGUUUUUAGCCAAGUCGCCUAGCAUGUACGCUGUAGGGUCGAAGUUCGGAAGCUUUAGUGGCCCCUAAAAGGUUUGCAGGAGAUAAAGUGGUCCCUAGAGGGGAAUUUUCACCCUAAGUGGCCCCUAUAGGGACUAUCCUGGCCAUUUGAGGAUGAAAAGACUGUUUUUGAAGCAUUUUUAUCACAAAAAGUCCAAGAAAAUGAUCGUUCAAAUUAAGCCAUGGAAGUUGAAGUCAAGCCGCCGCAAGACGCCCCCCAGAAUCGUAUGUUGUUUGCGCAAGCCGUCCCAGGUCCGAUGGACGACAUGGCUAGGUUUUGAAAAAUCCUGGUCGCAUUUGGAAUGGCUCAAAGUUUCGAGGGCCUAUUCCUUGAAAAGCAUUUGCUUUAUUACGUUAGGCGUAAACCGUUUUGAUUCGGGCGCAGUUUUUCUCUCGAGCCAUUCCAAAUGCGACCAUCGGCUUUACGAAUGUGAUCAGUAACGGGUUUUUAUUCCAGUUUCAAUAGUCCUGGACCCAGUUCCGAUGGACCCUUCAAAUUUUCCUCAAUCAAUAAAUCGCCAUUGAUCCAGCUGCCUUCUUUCAAUACUUUGAGUGGGUUUUAUGUGAAAAAUCUGAGGUCAUAGAAUGUUCCAAAAGUUUUUACUGAGUAGUCCUUGGAAAAGCAAAAAAAAAUUCAGAAAAAUUAGAAAAGUAAUGUCAAAAGUGUACAAGAUCCGUUGAAAAAUCAAAUUUUACUGGUUUUUUAAUACGAAAAAAAGUUUUCUUAUAGUAAAAACAUAUUUCAUAAGGGAGGAACGAAUAAUAAUCAUAAUUUUCUGCAAGUUUCCAAGGAGGGGGGAGCUUUAAAUCUAUAUGAAGAAAGACGAAAGUGUACAGAGAAGGCUAAAAAAACCAGUUUUUACUAGAUUUUUUAUUGUUUUGAAACAUCUUACACGCUUUCUUCGACAUUCUAUGCCACAAAAAUGAUCUUUUCGGGAAGUUUUUCUCUAUUUCUAUUUUAAAAAAUUUUUUGGAGCACAUCGAUAACGCAAACCGGACGGGUCCCGGACGUUUGUGAGUAAUUCUAAGAAGUCUGACACCCCUAGAGUGGCCACUAGAGACUCAUGAACGUCCGGCUCGCGUUAUCAAGAUCCGAUAUAUCUGUAUUGUUCUUCUCAGAAACUUAUCUAAGAGAUUUUUCGAAAGAUAUCAAUUUUUAGGGACUUCCGCCAACACUGGUGCUCGGCCAGCGGCAACCUUCACUUCACAAACUUUUUUCCAUCCUGGGGAUGAGGUGGAGAAAAUUAUGAAAAAUUUUCUUGACUAGUCAAUCUGUCCAGGGGAGAGUAAAAAUUGCAAAAAUUACGAAGAUUUAGGUAUAAAAGUGAUUUUUAACCGAGGUAGUUCUCAAAAAGACGGGAGGAGAGGCUAAAAGCCUUCAAAAGUGGCCCCUCAAGGGUUUAUUAAAACCAAAAUUUUCAGGAAGUCUCGAUCAACGCCGCUCCGCCGCCACCCACCCUUGACAGAAGCCCACUGAAACUCAGUUAUUAUGCCUUCACGAGCUUCGGGGAUCUACUAACGAAAAAUGAAUAUUAUAUUGUCAAUAGUCAUGUGAUUGGAGCCGCUGUCGACAAUGCGACCAAGAGCUUGCAGUUCGUGAAUUUAUCUGGUCGCAUUUGGAAUGGCUUAAGCGGCUCUGGAGGUGCAACCGACCGAAAACGGCUCGUGCGUCUGAUUUAGAGUGCUUAGAUACUGGGAAAAUCUUUAGUGGCCACUAUAAGGCUCGCCAAGGACUACAUGGAGAGGACACUAAAGUGGCCACUCAACCCACCUCUACAGUGGCCACUUCAGUAGUUUUUCAUCCAGUAUUCCUUCCAGCAACUCUGAUAAUUUUAAAACAAACAUAUUGGACCAGCUUUUUGAUCUAUUGACCCCUAAAGUGGCCACUACAAUUUUUAGUAGUCUAGAAGUAGCGCUUAGAACUCUAUAGUGGCCACUAACUUUUAACCCCUUAAGUGGCCACUGAUUUGACUACUAUAGGGGCCACUAAAACGUCAAAACCCUAUAGUGACCUCUAAAAAUUUUCCCAGUACUUCUUAAACUAUUUCCAGCCCUUAGAACUUCAGAGUGGCCCCUAUAGGAGACCUUGAAGCUUCCCCUCUAGGGAACACUUUACCUCCCCUAUAGAAGCCUCUAAAAUUUUUAAGUAGUCCCUAUUACUAUACCACUAAAACGUCAAAACCCUAUAGUGGCCACUAAACAUUUUCCCAGUAAGAUUAAUUUGAACCGCGGUGCCUCGAGCCAUUCUAAAUGCGACCAGACCUUUUUUAAAAAAACUUCAAAGGAUCAUAUCCAAUGAUUCUUCAGACUCCCUGAAGAUCAACCAGUCACCUUUACCUUCUAUCAUUUGCAAACUUCCGGCGUCUCGAACCCCAGAUGCGUUUUUUGGGACCUCGAUUUAAAGUUUGAUUUCAGAAAAUGUAUUGCUCCAAAAAUAAUUGACAGAGAUUGGAGCACCGCCGGCUGUACACUACUGAACACCACGGCGACCUCUACCCAAUGUUCCUGUACCCAUUUGACGAGGUUGGAUCAUAGGAAAAUUGGACUGGAAUGUAUUUUGGAGAGAAGAUUCCUGGGAAGUUCAGAACUUCCCAAAAAACCUUGAAAAUAAGCUCAAAAAGAUGCUCCAAAACCUGAUAAAUGGGAUCUCAAAAUGAGCUGAAAAUGGUCAAAAACAGCUUGAAAAAGGGUCUCGAAAGGCCCCAGAAAAAGUCAUUAAAAGCGUGGCCUCUUUAGAGGAGGUAUAGUGGUCCCUAGAGGGGUAAAAUUUAGGUUGUCCUUAUAGAGGUUUAGGCUCUGACCCUUCAGCCCCUAAAUCGCUAUAGAAGUUUCUAAAGUUGUCCCUAGAGGGGAAGGGGCCCUAAGAUUGCCCCUAUAGGGACCACUCUGGCGUUCCUGAAAGUCUUCUGGCAAGGUGAAAAAAGUAAACGGCUUUGAAGAUAUUUCAAAAAAUAUUUCCCAGGAAAAAUGGUUCAAAAUAAGUCGGAAAAGGGCUAACAAGAACCCAAAAAAAACCUUUUUUCUCAGUUUUGCCAUCCUGAUGGACGUUUCUGGCAAUGUCGGCCGGUUCACUGGGAAUCUCGCCUCGGCCCUUGACGUGAUCUCAACGAUUGGAUGUGCUAUUUCGAUUGUUUGCCUGGCCCUGAGUCUUCUCGUCUUCACCUUUUUCAGGUAUGGUGAAAAAUCUGCAUGCAUAUUGACCUCAAUAAACGUUUAAUUUUUCACAAGAUCGAAAAAAAAAUCGACGGAAGAAAGAGCUGCGAAAAAAAAGGAAAACGCGCUCCAUUGAUAAUCUUUCAGAAACCUCUACAACGUCCGCAAUUCAAUCCAUCGGAACUUAUGCCUCUGCUUAUUGGUCGCUGAGCUCGUUUUCGUGAUUGGUAGGGUUAUUGGAGGGGCCGCAUUGGGAAUGGCUCAAUGCGUCGCGGCUGUGGAGCGGUUACUUUGAGAGUCCAGGUUCUCACUUGAGUAUUUUUCUAACCGCGACGCAUUGACCCAUUCCAAAUGCGACCAGAACUUUGAGAAAAAGAUGAAAAAAUUUUUAGGAAUGGACCGGACUGGAAACCGGACCGGGUGCGGCAUCGUCGCCAUCCUUCUCCAUUAUUUUUUCCUCGCCUCUUUUUGUUGGAUGCUUCUGGAAGGUUACCAGCUCUACUUGAUGCUUAUUCAAGUACGCGACGCAGCCCGCGACGCGCCUGACGAUUCUAGAAAAGAAAAUUUUCAGGUCUUUGAGCCGAAUCGUACCAGAAUCGUGUUGUAUUAUGUGUUCUGCUACGGGUGUCCAGCGAUUAUUGUCGCGAUUUCGGCGGGUAUCGAUUGGAAAAAUUACGGGACUGAGACAUAGUUUGAAUACAAUUAGCAUAAUUAGCCUAACUAGCCAUUUUUAGCUGCUGGAUCGACACUUCGACGCCGACGAUUUGGGCUUUUGUCGCGCCGAUUUUGGUCAUCAUUGCGGUAAGAUAUUUAGAAUUGCUUAAGUGGUCCCUUGGAAGUUUGAAAAUCAGUUUGACAAGCCACUAGAGUGGCCACUUGGACUUUAUUAUUAAGAGACACCUGAGAAAAAGUCUGGCGUCUCUUCAAGGUCACUGAUCUUUGGUUUUGACUCAAGUGAGAAAUCAACAACGGCCUGAAGAGACGCCAGAGAAGUCAGGACACUCUCGUUGUAUGGAGUCUCUUCAGCCCGCUACUGAUCUCUGGUUUUGACUCAUUUUGCUGUCAGAAGUGAGAGAUCAACAACGGCCUGAAGAGACGCCAGAGAAGUCAGGACACUCUCGUUGUAUGGAGUCUCUUCAGCCCGCUACUGAUCUCUGGUUUUGACUCUUUUUCCUGACAGACUUCAAAAUGAGAGAUCAACAGCGGCUUGAAGAGACGCCAGAGAAGUUAGAACACUCUUGUUGUAUGGCGUCUCUUCAGCCCGCCACUGAUCUCUGGUUUUGACUCAUUUUGCUGUCAGAAGUGAGAGAUCAACAGCGGCUUGAAGAGACGCCAGAGAAGUUAGAACACUCUCGUUUUAUGGCGUCUCUUCAAGACCACUGAUCUCUGGCUUUGCUGUCAGACUUUAAAGUUAGAGAUUAUAGUGGCCUGAAGAGACGUCAGAGAAGUUAGAACACUCUCGUUGUAUAUAGUCUCUUCAUCUUGCACACUCUCUCGCUUUCGCUUUUCAUCUUUCUCUGUUAGUUUCUCGAUUCCAUUGUUAGAAGAAGAGAGAACCUAGGGGAAAGAGCGCUGCAGAAAGAGAUACCAGAGAAGCUAGAAAUCUCUUUUUCUCUAGCCUCUCUUCUUUUUGUUUGUUCCCUCGCUUUCGAUCAUUUUUUGUUUUUUUCACGAUGGAUUUUUUUAGGCUAUUUUUUCAAUCUAUCUUAUCAUAACGUCCACUCUGAAAUUUUUUUCAUAUACCUUGAAAAAAUUGAAUUUUUACCUGAAUUACACCUUUUCCAGGCCAACAUAAUGUUCCUCCUGAUCGCCCUGAAAGUCGUUUUAUCGGUUCAAAGUCGAGACCGAACCAAAUGGGACAGAAUUAUUGGAUGGUUGAAGGUUCGAGAAGGAAAAAUGGAAAAUUUAUCAAUGGAGCGAACUUGCUUCCAGGGUUCCGCCACGUUACUUUGUCUUCUUGGAAUAACUUGGCUUUUCGGGUUCUUGACGGCAGUCAAAGGCGGAACCGGGACGGUGUUCGCCUGGAUUUUCACGAUUUUGAACUGUACUCAGGUAUUUGAUUAUUUUGGUCGCAUUUGGAAUGGCUCAGUGCGUUGCGGUUUUAAUUCCAUGUUCAAAAAGCCAUUGGAAACUUUUAUCAAAGCUUGUUUAUCGCUCAAAGGGUCUCUGGUUCGACUCUUUUAGGUGAAAUUAUAUUUUUGCCAUUUUUCAAAUGGUUCGGUUAAAGUUCUGUCUCUUUGGAUGUAGCUCAAAAAGUUCUAGAUUUUGAAUCCAAUCGAAAAUCGACAUUUUGGAAGCUUAUUUACCAUCAAAAGGGUCUCUGGUUCGGAUCCUCUGGGCAAAAAUACAUUUUUGCCAUUUUUUAAAGUUGAAAUUUAGACCGUAAUGAAAUUUUCAAAAAUCUUCUUAGCGUCUAGCCAUUCCCAAUGCGACCAAGAUUUUUCAAAAAUGCACAAUUUUCCAGGGCGUCUUCAUUUUCUUCCUUCACGUUGUCAUGAACGAAAAAGUUCGUUUGGCUGUCGUUAGAUGGCUUCGCAGCGGCGUCUGUUGUCUGCCCGAAACUAGCAGCGUUUACAAUAGCAGGUGGGUGGUCGAGUGGUUAGGGAGUUUGGAUGGGAAGAUGGGAGUCGGGAGUUCGGUCCCUGGUCAGGAAAAGUUUCUUGAUAUAACCUUUUUGAGUAAUUUCGCUUCUCAAAAAUAUUUUGAAAGGAAGGGUUGUUUCUAGGUCUUCGGAAAAAAAUGGCAAAAAAAGAUCGCUGCCUAGAGGAUCCGAACCAGUGACCUUUUUGAUGACAUUUUCACUUUAGAAAGAGCAUUUUCUUAGAAUGUACAGUUUUCUAUAGUGUUUUUUUUUAGAUUUACAGCUUCCCUAGGUGUUUUGAAAAUGGCAAAAAAACGUAAUCCCUCGAGAGGACCCGAACCAACGACCUUUUUAGCGUAAAAAAUCAUUCUGUUUCGUUUCCUUGAAUGAGCUGAGGAUUUUCCGAAUUUUUCCAAGAAUGUUCUCUCCAACCUUAAGAGGUCACUCUAGGGAUCAAGCUGAUUUUCUGUUUUACAAAAUCGUCAAAAAUAAACUUUUCAAGUGAUUUCCAAGCUUCAGAUCCUUCGUCAGCAGCCGUCAACGAAUCCUAAACAUGAUGAAUAAAAACACGAUGGGCCACAGUGUCCCAAGUACGGCGAGCACCGACGACAAGGACAAGCAAUUGACUCCAAUUAGUCCGUUGAUAAAUUAAUUAAUCAAUCGAUAAUCUCAAAAGUUUCAGGUAAGACCACGGAUUGGCUCCGGAGAAUGCCCCUGGUCACGCCGCAAGACUCUAUCUCGACUCAUGACGAACAUGAGCAAGGAUUAUCGAUUGAUGACGUCACGAUCGAUCAUCAGAUCCACAUGAACAAUAAUAAUAAUAAUAAUAAUAAUAAUAACGUGAUAUCACAUGACAUGGACCGCGGCAGCUUGAAUUCAGACCCGAGAGGAUCUCAGGUUAUUGAUUUAUCGAUUGAUUCAAGAUUUUUAUAGGAUGGAUUUCCUAGGGUACGGUAUCAAUUUUUGCUUGAACGGUUCGGUUUUUUAAAACUUGUUUGAAAAAUGUCCAAAAAGUAUUUUUCGAUUUCCUUCUGAGGAUUGUUAGGUGCGUUGCGGUCGCGUCGCGGCCAUCUGAACGACGUAACCUUUCGUAUUUUUCAUUUUAAAUUCAGUUAGACCAGUGAGAUCUGAAAAAAACUCCAAAAAGUAUUUUUCGAUUUUAUUCAGGUUGUCGAAGACCUUCCAGUCGAAAAGAAGGCUCCAGUGAAAAGGAAAAAGUUCCCCCUGGGCGCUACCAACAGCGAACGAGGCUCACAGCAUCAGAGCUGUGGAAUCAUUGUACACCGGCUCUGA